AUGAAUAAUCCAGGUAUUCAACUUGCCAAUCUUAAAGCUUCGAUCACCCGCUUGGUCAAUGAGGUAACUUUUGUAUUAAUGCAAAAACUAAAGACGAAAUAUUUUCAGACAUCGGCCGCCAAUGAAUGUGCGAUUAGAACUGACUCGGCUCAUUUGAAAAAGCUGAAACAAGCUAUACGUCAUGAGAGUAAUGUUAUAGAGCCUCUUGUUGAGUCCUGCUUCGAGAAAUUUCCGGUUUCAAAAAUGUUACAGGAUUAAUACAUUUUUCCCUUUUUUUUUUGCAGCGCAUGGAUUGUGCAGAUCGAGCAAUUCUCCUAACUUUUCUCGAUUACUUUUUCUCUCGAUCCCAUAUGUUCCGCACUUACGUACUGAAUAGAAUGCAUGUAGGUUUUCUGAAUUCUUUAAAAAUGUAAGUUAUGAGUUAAGGACCUUCUGACUUAUGUAUGCGAAAUUGAUCCGCAACGAAAUCCUUUGCCUCGAUAUCGAUCCAAAGAAUUAAAAGUAAGGGAAAGAAAAGAUCAUAAAUAUUCUUUUUAUUCAGGUUCUGGCAAUUAAAAUUAUUAAAGAAUGGCAUGUGAGAUUCGCGCCCGGAUACGUCAAACUGGCAAACGUGGCCAGUUUUUUGAGCGCUUCAAAAGUAAAUUAGCGAUAUUUUAUUGAGAUAAAUAUCAUCUUGAGGCUUUGGACUACGAAGGCAUGAAUGCCGAACUUUUGGCCGAAAGAAGGAGAAAUGACGAAGAGGAUCGAAGAAUUAGCAUGAUGGAAGAGAAGGUAGAGUUUAGAAGAAAUUGAAAACCUUCUAAGGUUAUUUUUAGUUCAUCCAUUCGAUGCGAGAAAAAUGGGGCAAAUUCAAACCCGAUGUUGUUCGCUGUUUGAAUGAGGUUUCUUUUCAUUAAUAAAAUAAAUGAUUUUUUUUUUUCAGCUCGACUCAGCCCUUUGCAUUUUGGUGCCGCCGAUUGAAACGGAUGUCCAAACAGUGGGAAAUAAGCAGAAUAAGGUUGAUAUCCAGUAAUAAAACGGAAAUCUUAUGCCGUGUUCAAUUUGAUUCCGCGAAAUGCAAAAUACCCGUUAGAGAAAGAAAAAGAUCACUAAAUUUUGGAGAGUCAGAGAUCAUUUUGCAUUUCGCGGAAUCAAAUUGAACACGGCAUUAGUAAUUUUCUGAUAAAAUUGUUUUAUGUAAAUGUUUAGGGGGUAUUAAUUAGUCAUUAGAUCGUUUUUUGACUUCAUAAAAAAAUUUCAUUUCAAGCGUUUAAGGUUGAAAAGAAAUCCCGGUAUUUUUAAGGGAAAAACUAAAAAUGAGGAUAUUGAUGCGUUUUCUGCUGCAAAAAUAAUUGAUUUUGAAGAGAAAGUUUAUUUUUCAGUUUAUUUUUCUCUUUUUUGGAAUUUCCCUUUGUUAUCCAACUUUCAAACUAUUGGCUCAUUUUAUUGAAAUAAGUACGUUUUUUUGAAACUCUUGAUUUAGAAGUUAAUAACUUUUAUCAGUUUUCGUACGUGCUUCUUGUAAUUUUUUUGGAAGAUAAUACAUGAACUUCUAGCUGUAUAAAAAAAUACGAUCAAACUGACGUUGCGUAUUAUUUUUUUAUUUUUUUCAUUGCCUUGGUAUUUAGUACAUAUAUUUAACUGCACGAGAAAAAAAAAUAACUUUACAAUUUGACAUUUUGUCAUCCUAGAAGUGUUGACUUAAAAGUUCCAUUUUUCCUUUUAUCAAAAAUUCAAAGUUCAAAGGAAAAAUAUUAUUUUAUUUUGCUAAUCAAUUUUCAGCAACUGCACGGUUUCGGCGAUUCUGAUAUCGUGACGGUGACUUUGACGUCUGUGAAUCCAGUCGUCGUCGUCAGCUCCGAAAACGACGCCCUCGUUCAAACUGUCAUCGACGGCCGGACCGUUAUGGCGACCCAGCUGAAAAUUAUCGAAAAGUAUAAUUCCAAGUUUUUCAGAAUUGAUCAAUUUUUAAGGUACCUGAAACGGCUCACUAGCCUGAAAACUAACGCUGCCGACUUUCUCAAAGACUUGGUUGACCACAAGUCUCGCCUCGAAGCUAUGAAACAGAAGGCCGAAGAGUUGGAGAUCAAGGGGACCGUCAGGAAAAUCAGAGGAGAUAAGGCGGAUGGAGAGGAGAGCGACAGCGAUUGGGAAGACGUCGAUGACAAGAAAUGUAGGUAUUCAGAACGGAUUUAUCAGGUUUUUGAAGGCGUUUAUUUUUUUUUUGUCAGGUUUUUGAAGGCCCAGUGAGGUUUAAAUUAACUACUAGGAACGGAAUGUAUUUUUAAAGUUGUUUUUUGCCCUUUGAGUUUAUGUUUUGGUAGUUUUGAUACAGAAAUAAUUUUCUGCGGUUUUUGACAGACAAAAACCAAGCUGCUGAUCAGAAAAUAAUUAUUACUGUUUUGGAGAAAAUCUAGGGCGCUAAUGAACACGAUUUUGUAACGUUUUGUUACUUCUACAAACACGCUAUUAAUUUUUUUCAAAAUGUAAGGCUUCAAGUUGAGUUUUCACACAUCACUAAAGAUCGGACCGCUAUUCUCAUUUUUGGCAUUUUCCUUACCUCAGAAAUAUAAUAUAUUCGAAAAUAAUCUGUAUAGACUGUUCAAAUUUCCAUGCUGGGUGGUUUGAAAUAGGUCUCGUAGCGAUUAUUCGUUUCUUCGUCUUUCGACGUUUUUAUGCCCUUGAAAACAACCUAGCAGGGUCCUUUAGUUAUGAUAUGUGAAUUUUUUUUUUGAAACUCACGCUCUAAGCACUCUUUGUUGCUUCUUCUAAAUUUUUCAUGUGCCCCAAUUUUCAGUGGAAGACUUCGCUAUGCCGAACGAUACCCCCGACUAUAUCAUGGAUAGACUGGUGAAAGAUGAUUCCGAAUACUUGGAGCCGUGCGGUAGCCAUGAAUUCCUGAAUCUUCAAACGGUGCGCAGUUUUCAAAAGAUUAAAAAAUAAUUGCUAUGUUUCAGGACACUUUCGAGAAGGAGGAGGAAGAAAAGCAAGAAGAAGAAAUCAAAAGUGAGAAGCCGAAGAUUCCCGUUUUAUCGUAUGGCCUGGACCUCAAGUACUGGGGCGACGACCGAAAAGGCGUCAGAAUCCCCAAAAACGACGCCGGUUGCCAUCGUUUCUGGCGCCCGCCAGAUGAUGAGUGGAGUGUUUCAGAAUUGUUAUAAAAUGAAAAGAUUUGGAGGAGAAUUUUCUUAUCUACUAUGUGCAAAUCAAUGUAAUUGUAUCGAGAAGAACUUCAAAAAUUAACCUUUCUAAGUUUCAAAAUUCUCUUAGAUUUGUACUUUUUUUUAUGAUGCUCGUGUACUUGAAGGAUUUUGAAAGAUAAGUUUCGAAUUCGAAACAGUGACCAUUUUAGAGUGGCAAGAAGUUUAUAAUAAAUAGAACCAGUUCAGCGAGAAGUUCCUCUUCAUGAUUCGAGAUAAUUCAAGAAGGAGCUUUUCAGCGGAACGAUGCUCCAGCAGGACGACGUCUAUCAAACCCGGGUCUUCACCUACGUUGGCGAAGAGCGGAAAAGUGACAAAAUCUGUCGGACUCCACUUCCCAGCGGAAAACUUUGUCCCCGGCGCGAUUUUAAUCGGUUUUCCUAACUAGUAAUCGAGAAUAACUUUUUUCUUUCAAUUCCAGGUGCCCAUUGCACGGUGUGAUCGUGGAGAGAGACGCUUUAGGAUUUCCUUUGAAGCCCGUCUCCGAAGGCGAAGGUUGUUCCUAUUUGAUGGAAGCGGCACAAAAAGAGGAGGAAGAAUAUAUGAAGUACAAUAUAUUAUAAAAAAAAUCUGGUAAAAAUUGCUCUUAAGAGAUUUGGAGCAGCAGACGGGGAAGUCGAUUAGGAUGGUCAAGAAAAAGAUUUUGAAAAAAAUGACGUUUUCACCUCGCGAAGGGGCGCGCCAACGGCUGGAGGUCUGAAUUGUAUCGAAUUAGGAAAUGAAAUUCAGUAUUUAGAAAAAGCUUCUGGACCCGAAAGCUGUCAAACGAGUUUCGGAGGCUCUGGACGCCGCUCGGAAGGCCAGACUUGAGAAGACUUUCGGCCAUCAAUUUUCCCACAUGUAG